AUGGUUGAGAACAAUCCAGUGAAAAUGUAUGCUCAAGGUUUGAAGCGAAUUUUGACCACAUACGAAAAAGUUCUGAAUCAUGCUGAAGAUCAGAUUAUUUACCUGAUGUGGCAACGUCAUCCGACAAUGACAUCAUUCAGCAUCGUUAUUGGCAUGCUGAAAGUGGGCAGAAAACAUUUGUAUCUGUUAGAUGAAAACCAAAGAAAAUUCGAAGAAGAACCAUUAUGUAUCCUUGACUUUUAUGUGCAUAGUUCAGUCCAGCGAAGAGGAAAUGGACAUCAACUGUUCGAUUAUAUGCUUAAGCAAGAAUCAAUAUCUGCUACUUCAAUAGCGAUUGAUCGACCGUCAGAUGCGUUUUUACAAUUUUUGACGAAGUUCUACGAUUUAAAGAAGCCAGUAUGGCAGUCUACAAAUUUCGUCGUUUUUCCUGAAUUUUUUGAAGGGAAAGUGCCAGCGGAACGCAAUGAUAAGAGUGGAGGUGGAUGUUAUAGCGAUAAACUUGGCUCAAUGACGAACAGGCCGUAUGUUGAGAGAACACCGCAGAAAUCGACCGGUAAGGAUUCAGUUGCUGUACUUCUUCACGGGAAUGCCACAGCAGAACUGCGACGAGUCGCUGCUCCGGAUACUCCUUUGGAUCGGAAGAAUAGGCGUGAUUUCGGACAUCAAAGUAUUUGGUAG